UAACAAACAUGGCUACGGGCGGAAGGUUUGCACGAAUGUUUUCGAGUUAUUUUUCGCAAAAAUGACCGAAGAUGUCCAUUUAGGACCUUCUAGAAUCAGUAGGGCCGUAGCUGUACACACGGAAGCCCUGUAUGAGCAGCUCCCGACGUCACAACGAUGGCAGACGCGGAGGAGACGUACGAGGAGAGGCAGGAGAACGAGGUGGAACUUCUCUCCGCUGUUUACGUCGACGACUUCAAGGAUUUGAGGGACCAAGAUGCCUGGAAGAUAAAGCGACCACCUGAAGUGUGUCUGACCCUGGUGCCUCAGCAGAGCAUGCACGGUACAGGAGACGUGUACGCUAAAGUCGACCUGCUCAUCAAAUGUCCUCCUAACUACCCAGACGUGGAACCAGAGCUAGAUUUAAAGAACAGCAAAGGCCUUUCAGAUGAUAACCUACGACAGCUGAAACAUGAACUGCAUAAAAUGGCUCAACAGAACUUGGGAGAAGUGAUGCUACUGGACCUAGCCCAGCACGUACAAACGUUCCUCCACGCUCACAACAAGCCUCCCCGAGGGUCCUUCUACGAGGAGAUGAUGUCCAACAAGCGCAGACAGGAGGAGAAGGUGGCCAGGGAGAUACAGAAGAAACUGGAGGUGCAGAAGAGAAUAGAGGAAAAGGAGAGGAGGGAGCUGGAAGAAGAGAUCACCAGAAGACAGGAGAUGAUCCGAGAGGAGAUGAGGAAAAGAAGAAACCAGAAGAUGGAGCAGGAAGAUGAGAAAGGCAAUGGAAGCAGUUCCUCAGAGCAGGCCAGCCCCAAGACAAGCUUGUCUGAGUCUCCGUCCACUGAGAGUCUGUCCCACAAGAGACAAGGGUCACCCAUCAAGGAGACUCCAACUAGAACCAGGUCCCAGAGCGGAGGUCCUGACAGACAGCGGUCACAGGACCGCCAGACAAUCGUCAGGAGACAGAGGUCCAUCUCUGAGAGUAAUUUAGAAGCCCCGGAGCAUCAGAAGUACACAGGACCUCAGGUUAUAGUCUUCACCACCAGAGGGGAGAGGGCUGUCAGUAAGGGAAGGUGUAUUGGAACAGGUCCUAACAGCAGUGGCAGCCUGGUGUACGUGGGUAUGGACAGCAGCUGUGGACAGGUGGUGGCUGUCAGGGAGUGGGUGCUGAAGUGGGCUCAUGUCAGCAGGAAGCAGGCAGCUGAACACAAGGACAUCGCCAGGUGUCUCAAACAGCUGUCCAGCUGUGAACAGGAGCUGCUGAGUUUACUGAAGCUGGACCACCCUGGACUGGUCAGGUACCUGGCCAUGAAACACUCCCAACAUCAGAACACCAUCACAGUACAGCUGUUGAUGGAGUAUGUUGGGGGAGGAAGCCUGGCCAGCUGUAUCAGCAAUGGCAUCCCAGUGCACCUGUCAGUCCUGCACAGCUACACGGAGCAGCUGCUGGAGACACUGCAGCACCUGCACAACAAGUCAGUCGUGCACAAGGACCUCAGGCCAUCAAGUGUCUUCUUGGAUAGUACAGGGCAUCUGGCAGUAGCUGACUACAGUAUAGAGAAACGGUUUGGAGACCUGUACACAGCUGUGAACACUGGCCAUGGGGGAGUCAGGUUCAGUGAUGACAAGGUGCAGGCACGGCCCAGCAAGAGGGAAGACAUCCUCAGACUGGGAAUGCUGGUUCUGAGUUUGUACAUGGGUGAAGAAGUUAUGGAGUAUCCCGUCAGGAUUCCUUCUGACUUGCCUUCUGAUUUUCAAGACUUUAUUUCUAGAUGUUGUGAGACUGAUGAGAGGGCCAGGUGGUCCACCCAGCAGCUACUGGACCAUCCUUUCCUCAAACCCACCCUCACAGAUGUCCUCACUCUGGCUGAGAACAACCAGGCUCCAUCCAACCAAGGUGGACCAGGUGUGCAGGAGGAAGACUCCCCAGCCGACACCUCAGGUGUGGACCCAUCAGACCUGUCCUGGCAGUCACGGUCACGCCUGCACAACGAGUUUGAGGAGCUGGAGUGGCUGGGGAAGGGAGGGUUUGGGGAUGUCAUUAAGGUGAGGAACAAGCUGGAUGGAUGUGUGUACGCCAUCAAACGUAUCCCACUGGACCCCAAGAGUAAAGCCUUCAACAGGAAGAUCACACGGGAGGUCAAACUUCUGUCCAGACUUAACCACGAGAAUGUGGUCAGAUAUUAUAACUCCUGGAUAGAGCGGAUAGAGCUGGACUCAGAAGAUGACCCAGGCAGGUUCACCCCGUCAUCAGACUUUACCCAGAGUCCUGCUGACCAGGGCAAGGUUCACAAACAGGACAUGUUCUUGAAGAACCACAUGAGCCUGUCAGAUGACAUAGAGAAGCUGGCCCCACAGAUCCCGGUAGACUCCGUAGAGUGGAGCACGUCUGUAGACAGGACCAGCAGCAGGAGGAUGGAGGAUAGCGAGGAGGACAGCAGCUCCAGUGAUGAGGAGGAUGUGUUCGGAACAUCUUUUCUACCAGACCCAGACUCUGAUGACUCGUCAGAUGGAGUGGUGUUUGAGCACAGCUUCAGGAACCCUGACUUUGUGGGAGUAGAUGAUGAUGAUGAGUCAGACCAGGAAUCACAGGCUGUGAAGAGCAGCCACAAGAAGAAGAAGAAGAAAACAGAACAGAACCUGGAUGAGGAGGAUGAGGAUGUGGAUACAGCUCAACAACAGCCAUGCUUCAAGUCUAUCCUGUACAUGCAGAUGGAGUACUGUGAUAAGAGUACCCUGAGGAACAUCAUUGAUGCAGGGCUGUACCAGGAUGAGAAGAGAGUGUGGAGACUGUUCAGGGAGACCCUGGAAGGGCUGGCUCACAUACAUGAACAGGGCAUGAUCCACAGAGACUUGAAGCCAGUCAAUAUUUUCUUAGACUCCAACGACCACGUGAAGAUUGGAGACUUUGGUCUGGCCACUUCUCACACCUUUGGAAAAGGAAACCAAAUUUUAGAGACGCCCCUCCAGGCCCUUCAUGACAUCACAGGAUCAUCUUCACUGUCAGGUGAUUUGGGAAGUGGUGGUUUGACAGGAAAGGUUGGAACUGCCCUGUACAUCAGUCCUGAACUCUGUCUACCAUCACCCAAGAUAACAUACAAUCAGAAAGUGGACAUGUACAGUCUUGGCAUCAUUUUCUUUGAGAUGUGCUACCAGCCUCUGACUACUGGUAUGGAGAGGGUGAAGAUCAUCGGUAACCUGAGAAUGGAAUCUGUACAAUUCCCAGAGGAUUUUGAUGAAGUGCAAAUGCCUGGGCAGCACCACAUCACACGCUGGCUGUUGGACCAUGAUCCGGGGAAGAGACCGACCGCCAGCGAGCUGCUGCAGAGUGACUACCUGCCCCCGCCCCAGAUGGAGGACUCCCAGCUAGGAGAGGUGCUGAGGCACACCCUGUCUAACACACAGUCACUCCCCUACAGGAAACUCAUGUCUGAACUCUUCAGUCAGCCUGUCACUGCCAUAGCUGACUACACAUUUGACAUGGACAUAUACAAGGGCCAGUUCUCCACAUCUUCUGUUCUAGUCCAACGUAUGGUUGCAGAUAAGAUAUCCUCCAUAUUCCAGAGACACGGAGCUGCGAAGGUGCACACUGCCCUGCUGAUGCCGAAGAGUAAACUGUACGAGCAGAGUGACAUGUGUGCCACCAUGAUGGACCCUGGAGGAUGUCUGCUUGGACUGCCUUUUGAUCUGAGGGUACCAUUUGCAAGAUUUCUAGCAAGAAACAAUGUUACAAGUUUGAAAAGAUAUUCUUUAGGUAGAGUCUACAGAGGGAAGAAACUGCCAGGCAGCCAUCCCAAGGAACUAUGGGAGUUUGCCUUUGACAUUGUGACUCCUUCAGGAAAUAGCCAGAUACCAGAUGCAGAGGUCCUCCAUGUGGUCAGUGAGGUCAUCAACGAGUUUCCACCGCUCCAGGAGAGGAACUACGUGAUCCGACUGAACCACACGUCCCUGCUGACUGCCAUCCUCACACACUGUGGAGUCCCAGAGGACGUUCACAUGGAGGUCUACUCCAUUCUCAGGGAAGCAAAGGUGGAGAAGUUGAGAAAGUUGCAAGUGCAAACCAGACUUUGCAGUCUGUCCUUGUCUGACCAAACUGUAGAGUGUUUAUUCAGAUAUGUGGAGCAGGAAGGACCUGUUAAUAAAAUAUCCAGUCUCCUCAAAUCUCUCACAAAGAACAAGGGCCAGGUGGGUGCCUUGGCUAAGCAAGGUCUUCAUGAGCUACAGACCAUCAUAUCACAUGCCGAGACACUGGAGGUCAAGCAACAGAUGAUAGUAUCCCUGGGUCUUGUGUACAACGUGCACCACUUCUGUGGACUGGUGUUCCAGUUCAUGGCAGAGACAGCCAGCUCCAAGACCAAGAAGAGGGUCGGGAUGGACGUGUUAGCUGCAGGGGGCCGGUACGAUAAACUGAUCUCCCAGUUCAAGCGGCCGUCCAUGACCAGUGUACCAGGCCCAGCUGCAGUGGGUGUCAGCAUCGCUUUUGAGAAGGUGGUGUCAGCAGUCUCAGCAUCUGAAAGUUGCCAGGUGCCCAGUACCUGUGACAUCCUGGUGUGUACUAUCGGCAGGAGUUCCCUGCUGAAGGAGAGGAUGAGGGUGGUGAGAGAUCUGUGGGCAGCAGGACUCAGGGCAGAGAUCCUCUACGACUCCAUGCAGUCUCCAGAGGAAAUCCAGGACCACUGUAAACAGGCAGGCAUCCUGCACAUGGUCAUCCUCAACAUCAAGGACCAUGAGAGUGACAUGGUCAGGGUGAGAUCGUUUGACAAAGACAAGGUUGUGGAGAAGAAGGUAUCAGUGUCUGACCUGGUGGACUGUCUGCAGCAGAAACUCCUGGCAGGAAAACAAGAGUUGUCAGACACUGGGCAGAGCAACACAAGCAAGAGUGGCAGCACAGCAGGUGCUGAUGAACCCAACACAAACAAGUUGAAGAGCGGACCACCCAUCAAUGUAACGUUUAUUCCUCUGGACAAGCUGUCAUCCAACAACAGGAGAAGAUUUGAGGCUCAGAUACUGUCUCGACUACAGCCAGUGCUUCAGGGUACCAUUGCACCUAAGACUGUAGUGGAGGUUGUUGCUGUGGAGUUACAGUCCCAGCUGGUGAAGACAAUUGCUGCAACACUUGAGUUUGAUGAUGAGGAUGUGUUUGAGGAGAGCAUGCACACCCUGAUGUCCAAACAGCCCAAACAGAAGAAGUACCUGUCUCGGAUCUGUGAAACCAUCCGAGAAGUCAAGAUAGAUGCUGAGGUUCCUGUCUCAGUGUUGUUCAGCUACAAAGAUGACUACUACAGACUGCUGUUUUGAGGAGCCAGCUCUCUAAUGCUGCUAGUGUGAGAUA